UUCAGUGGGGUUGAGUCAGAGUCUGAGUCAGGGCUCUGUGCAGGACGCUCGAGAUCUUCCACUCCAUCCUUCAUAAACCAUGUCUUCAUGGAGCUCACUUUGUACACAGGGGCAUCGUCAUGUUCCUCUUCAGGAUUCCUGGGAUUCAGCUUCACACUACUGGUGUAUUGAUGGCAGCUUCAGUGGAGGACUUUAACCAGGCCAAGGCUCAUCUAGGAACACUAAAGAAUGACCCUGGCAAUGAGGUCAAGCUAAAGAUCUAUGCCCUCUUUAAACAGGCCUCACAGGGACCCUGUAACACUCCAAAACCAGGAAUGCUGGACUUUGUGAACAAGGCAAAGUGGGACGCCUGGAAGUCUCUGGGUUCUUUGCCUCAGGAUGAUGCCAGGCAGCAGUACGUCAACCUCGUCUCGUCUCUGGUGGCUGCUGAAGGACCUCCGGUAGCAGCAGCUUCACCCACAGGAAGUGAAAAAGCUUUCCAGACGCUGCUGGUCACCACAGAGGACGGCAUCACGACCAUAAGACUCAACAGACCACAGAAGAAGAACGCCAUCACUGUGGAGAUGUAUAACGAGCUGAUUGAAGCUCUGGAUCUUGCUGGAAAAAAUGACUCGGUCCUUACAGUCCUUACAGGAAGCGGUGACUACUACUGCAGUGGCAAUGAUCUGAACAACUUCACUAAAAUCCCAGAGGGUGGUGUCGAGAAGAUGGCUAAGGAUGCCGGAGAGCUCCUCAGGCAAUUUGUGAAAGCCUACAUUGAUUUCCCAAAGCCGUUAAUUGCUCUCAUAAACGGACCGGCUGUGGGAGUUUCUGUCACCGUACUCGGCCUUUUUGACGUCGUCUACGCUACAGAAAGUGCGACAUUUCACACCCCUUUCAGCAACCUGGGGCAGAGUCCUGAGGGCUGCUCAUCAUACACCUUCCCUAAAAUGAUGGGUGCUGCAAAGGCCAGUGAGAUGCUCUUGUUCAAUAAGAAGCUGACGGCUACACAGGCGUGCAAUCUGGGACUAGUGACUGAGGUUUUUCCUGACAGCAGCUUUCAGUCUGAGGUCUGGUCCAGGCUAAAGGUUUACUCCAAACUACCUCCUAAUUCUCUGGCCCUGUCCAAGCAGUUGAUGCGUCAGGUGGAGAAGGACAAACUCCAUGCCGUGAACAACGCCGAGGUGGAGCGGCUGAUGGAGCGCUGGCUCUCUGACGAGUGCAUGCAGGCCAUCAUGAGCUUCUUCCAGAACAAGGCCAAACUGUAAUGAGGAAAAUAUUCUUUUAUCCUUAGAACAAACCAUGUACUAAUAGAAUCUGAAAUAUUCUGUACUCCAAUACAGAUGAGAUAUUUUUACAGUGAAAUACUGUAGAAAUAAGAGCAUUUACUUUAACAGCAUAGGAACAACAUAAAGAAAGCAAACUGUAACUGUUGUACUAAUUAUCUACAAAGGUUUUAAGUUAAAAUAUUUUACCACCACAUGUUUGGCAGUUUAUAUGCUGUGGCCAUGGCCAGAAGGAACUAGUUAAUAUAGUUAGUGGUUUAUUACACAUCAUUAUCUGUGCAGUUUAAGUUCUUUCACAUGUUGAACCUUUUCAGAUAUUUCUGACAGACAACCUUCUGUUGAUUGAUUGAUGUUUUUAUAAAAUGUUUACUGCUGAAAUAAAGUGAUUUAACCCAGUGA